AACGAGUGUCUUUUCAGCAAUGGAGGAUGUAGCGGCCGAUGCUGUAACACCAUUGGAAGCUUUUAUUGUAAAUGUGAUGAAGGGUUUGAACUUGCCAUGGACGGAUUCAGUUGUAGAGAUAUUGAUGAGUGUGAACAGAACAAUGGAGGCUGCCAACACACCUGCCGUAACACGCAUGGAAGUUUCCAGUGUGAAUGCCCCUUCGGAGAACGACUCAACCCAGAUGGCGUCACCUGCACCCCUCAAGAUGGAUGCGCGAUCAACAAUGGAGGAUGUCAACACCAAUGCCUGUCGCAUCCUUAUGGUCAUUUCUCGUGUCAGUGCCACGCCGGAUAUAGACUGUCCGGUGACGGAAGAUCAUGUCAACCAUCAAACCCAUGUGCAAUCAACAAUGGAGGAUGCGAACACACCUGCCUUAACAUGGGAGAUAGAGCCUUCUGCAACUGCAACACAGGUUACAGGUUAGCGCAAGAUGGACGUAGCUGUGAAGAUAUUGACGAAUGCGCUACCAGGAACCAUGUUUGCCAGCAGGAGUGUACCAAUACCGUUGGAUCAUACCGAUGUAGCUGUGUCACCAACUACAUGCUAGAAGCUAAUGGCAGGACAUGUAGACUGCAAGCAAUAAUCGACAUUGAGGCUAUUGAUCCAUGUGAGAACCAUCAGUGUCAAUACAACUGCACCAUGAAAUGGAACAGACCUGUUUGCACCUGUCCCAUUGGUUAUGAGCUCUCCCCUGAUCAAAGAACCUGCCAAGAUAAAAAUGAGUGUAACAUUGGUCAACAUUGUUGUGCGGCCACUCACACAUGUAUCAACACAGAGGGCAGCUAUACCUGUCUUUGUCGGCCAGGAUUCUUCCUCAGCGAUGAUCAAUGCAGCUGUAUAGCCGUUGACGAAUGUGCCCAACGAAGCAGUCAUGAAUGCGAGCAGCAAUGCACCAACACUCAGGGAUCCUACCUUUGCAGUUGCAACGAAUCCUUUGUCCUUGGAGAGGACGGCUUCUCUUGUCAUAGAUUGUUGCUGACACGCCCCUCUCCAUCCCCCAGCUAUCAGUUCCCUCCUAUCUACAACAGUGAGCUAAGCACUGGCCAGUUGGAACAGGGACCACAGACAAGCUUUUGUCGGGAGGGUAACUUUGGACCCCAGUGCCACUAUUCCUGUUCAGACUGUAUGAACGGGGCAAGCUGCAACCAAGAUUUAACUGGGUGUGAAUGCCUCCCAGGCUGGCAAGGAACUAUCUGCAAUGAGACUUGUCCAUCUAACUUCUUUGGUGAGAACUGUCAGCAGACAUGUUUGUGUCAGAAUGGAGGGACCUGUAACCCUAUCACUGGUGAUUGUACCUGUCUUCCUGGGAUUGAAGGACCACGUUGUACUGAAGGUUGCCCUCCUGGCUUCUGGGGCAAGAACUGUGAACAGGAAUGCAACUGCCCAUCAGGGAUCACAUGUAAUGAACGCUGGGGAACAUGUCUCUGUAGGGCAGGCUACUUUGGACCUCAUUGCAGCCAACCUUGUCCCGACUUCUACUAUGGUAGUAUGUGCAGUGAGCAGUGCGAUUGUCAUCCAGUCCAUUCGUUAGGAUGCGAUCCAGUCGAUGGUGCCUGCAGGUGCAAGCCAGGAUAUGAAGGAGACAGAUGCCAAAAUGAGUGUCGUCUUGGGAUGUACGGUGAGCAGUGCAGGCAUGUCUGCCAAUGUCUCGAUGCUUCUAUGUGUAAUAAGGUCACUGGAGAGUGCAGUAGGGAAUGCUCGGCUGGAUACACUGGAGAAGCAUGCGAACGAUCUUGUGACUUUGGAAGCUACGGAGUGAACUGUAAAUUCACCUGUCGAUGUGGAGGCAACGCCUGUAACAGUAUCACUGGAGAGUGCUUCUGUGAGGCUGGCAAGACUGGAACCAGCUGUCUAGAUGAUUGCCCUGAUGGUACAUGGGGUAUCUCCUGCAGGAGUAACUGCACCUGCACCGAAGACAAGGUCUGCGACAAGACUACUGGAGAGUGUCUCUGCCCACUCGGAUACUUUGGAGAAAACUGCAGGGAUCCUUGUCCUGAUGGCCGCUAUGGUCUGAUGUGCCGACAUGAUUGCCAAUGUCAGAACGGAGCUGAAUGUAACUCAGAGACUGGAGCCUGUACCUGUACACCAGGAUGGAAGGGACAGUUCUGUACUGAUGAAUGCCCUGUUGGAUACUAUGGUGUUGGCUGUGCAACGAGAUGCACAUGUGAGAACAGUGCAGGAUGCGAUCCUGAGACGGGAGAGUGCAUCUGUACUCCUGGAUGGAGGGGAGAACAAUGUGACCAAGCUUGUGAACCCGGCUUCUAUGGUGUUAACUGUGAGAACCUCUGUAUGUGUCUCAAUAAUGCUACCUGUGAUCACAUCAGUGGGACGUGUACAUGUGCACCAGGAUGGAGGGACAGAUUCUGUGCUAAACCUUGCCCCGAUGGUUAUUAUGGUUUGGACUGCCGUCAUCGUUGUAGCUGUGGGAACGGAGCUCAUUGCAACGCUACUAAUGGACAAUGUAACUGCCCAGCAGGCUAUACUGGAUUUGGAUGUAGACAAGAAUGCCCUGAGGGUAACUUUGGUGAGGAUUGCUCUGGAGUAUGUAACUGUGAGAACGGUGCUGAAUGUGAUCAUGUCAGUGGAAGAUGUAUCUGUCCCAGCGGCUGGAUCGGAGUCAGAUGUCAUCAACAAUGUCAGCCUGGUCGCUACGGAAUCAACUGCCAGCAGCGUUGUAUCUGCCAGAACGGACUUUGUGACCAUGUGACUGGGAUGUGCGCUUGCCAGGCUGGAUGGGUCGGACGUGCCUGCCGACAACCUUGUGCACCAGGACACUUUGGUGUUGGAUGCCUGCAGUCUUGUACCUGUCAAAAUGGAGGGUCGUGUGAUAAAGUCAAUGGAACAUGUACAUGUGCACCAGGAUGGCAUGGAGGCAACUGUGAACUUGCUUGUUCAUCUGGUUACUAUGGCGUUAACUGUGAAGAGAGAUGUCAAUGUCACAAUGGAGGUCAAUGCGACGCACAGACUGGAGUGUGUACUUGCACUAACGGCUGGAGAGGAAGGCUAUGUGAAAAACCUUGUAUUCCUGGUACCUUUGGCAGUCAGUGCGCAGAGACUUGCGAGUGUGGAGCUGAUAAUCCUUGUGAUCACAUCACUGGAGCUUGCAGGUGUCCUCCAGGCUACGCUGGUUAUGAGUGCAACUCACCCUGUCCACCCGGUACUUGGGGCCAGGAUUGUGCAGAGGUGUGUACCUGUGGACGCAAUACAGUGUGUAAUUCAGUGACCGGGGACUGUCAGUGUAAACCAGGCUUCAGGGGACACAACUGUGAAAAAGAUUGCAAACAUGGUCGAUAUGGUCCUGAUUGUCAGCACCAUUGUAGCUGUCUCAAUGGAGGCUCAUGUCAUAUGGACGAUGGUACAUGUCUUUGUCAACCAGGUUUUAUUGGUGCUCUCUGCGAAAGAGCUUGCCCAGAGGGUCUGUAUGGUCAAGACUGUCAGCGUAAAUGUAUCUGCCAGAAUGGUGGUACCUGUCACCAUGCUUCAGGGGUGUGUGAUUGCCCCCCUGGUUACACCGGUACCUUCUGUUCUACCAAAUGUGCAUUGGGAACCUAUGGACCAGACUGCUCGCAGGUCAAGGAUUGCCAAUAUGGCGGAGUUCUUGAUGUGACUACAGGAGAGUGUCAUUGUGGACUUGGAUACACAGGAGAACUUUGUGAUCAAGAAUGCCCAUGGGGAACUUAUGGUAUGAACUGCGAACAGGAAUGUACUUGUGAAAACGGAGCAGAGUGUGAUAGGAUGUCAGGAUGCUGUUCUUGCACACCCGGUUUCUACGGACAAAACUGUCAAUUUUCAUGCCCAGAGGGUACCUAUGGUUCUUAUUGCGGUCGGAUCUGUGACUGUCAUAAAGACGCUACCUGUGAUACAGUCACCGGUCAGUGUAGAUGUCCAGCUGGUAGAACUGGACCAGAAUGUAAACAAACCUGCCAGCCUGGGUUCCACGGGCCAAACUGUAUUAAUGUGUGUGCAUGCUCUAACAGAACUCAGUGCAACGCAGUCACAGGUACUUGUGAUUGCCCCCCUGGGCUUACAGGGGAUACAUGCACAGAGGAGUGUACUCCAGGAAAGUUUGGUCCUAACUGUGCUUUCAACUGUGAUUGUUCAAAUGGUGCUACGUGUGAUACAAGGACGGGAUCUUGUAGAUGUAUAAAUAACUUUAUUGGUGCUCAAUGUGAACAUGGUGGUAUGUAUGCUUUUCCAACGCCAUCAACACCUCGUAGAGGGGACAUAGGACCGAAUGGAUUCUAUUAACGGCAAACCAUCUCUGAAAUACAUAGACUCUGGGAAAAAAAACGUGAUUCCGGCAGCAGCAUUGUCACACCCUGCCAACACGCUUUGGUUGAUUUUCCGAACACACCUAGUAUUUUGAUGAGCCAGACAGAGCUGAUGGGGAACGUUUCAUGAAAGGACUUGUCGGAUGUUUCAUCUAACGGUCCAACGGUUACUAUAGCAACAGUAAGAUACCUGUGCUUCUCAGCCAAUCAAAACCAAGGAAAGUUGUCAGGUGACCAAUGCUGAUGAAACGCUCUCCAGGAGACGGCUUCAGUCAAAGUAUGAUUAAUGAAUAUUCAUGAUCCAGGAGGUCAACUCAGGUCAGCAUUGACAUUCUUGGUCACAAGAGGGCAGCGUUGCAUCAUUUCCUCUGGCUAUGCUGUAAGAAAAAUGACGUGGGGGGUCUUAAUCACAACAAACAGCAGAUCAGUCAUCUCGGCUUGAACUGAAGUUUCAAAUGGUUGUUCACUAAAGGAUUAUGAAAGGAUGUUUUAAAGUGUGUUUAUACUCCAAGUGUAUUCCGAUAAGGCACCUUUCUAAACGUCUAUGUCACAUCUUUUUAGCAGGAAUCCCUUAAUUAACUGAAGGUGCUAAGUGUUUUCACUGUGGAUUUUCCUCAUUCCCCAUUUGUUUGUCAUAAGAAAUGAAUGUGAGAAUGAUCGAUGAAAAGACUAUGAUGGAUUCCUGCAUGCCUUACAGUAAGGUGCUUCAGUGAAAUGUGUAACGUUGUGGGCGGUCACACCUGAAAGUUUAAUCCAGCUCAUGCCAGCCACCGAACGUAGGCUCUGGCUUUCCUUCUGAUCAUUCUUUUUGAUAAGAAGAAUUACCAUUUUGUCAACAACACAAAAUUAUUUCUUCAGAUAUAAAAUUGGAAGACUUUAAAUUUUGUUCCAGCAAAAGGCAAUUUUUAUAUCAAGAAUAGGGAAUGCUUGAUAUUAAGAUACAGGAAUUAAAUGAGUUGAUGGCUUGUCAUACAUAACACUAAGAAGGCGAAUGCUGAUUAAAAUGUCCAGGUUUAACAAUGAUAGUAUUCUUCUUGUGACCAAGCAACUCAUUCUUAUCCUCUGCUCAUCCAUGUCAUCUUGCAAAUAAAAAUCAUUUUUAUCCUCAUCAUGUGAUUUUUAUCAUUAUCCCAGCAUUAUUUAUUGUACAUUGUAAGAGGUUUUUCAAAUAGCAACCAUAACAAAUUGGGUCACUCGCUGCAUAAAGAAAACCUCAGAAAGAUUUAAUUUGUGAUAUUCGCAUGGUACUCUUAAACUCGUAGCAAGGAAUAAGUUGUGCAUGAAAUUUGAUCGUUUUAAGUUAUAAAUGUUAAUAUUUCUAUGAAAUUGGAAUCAUAGAGCGACAAUGAAUGCACAAGUUUAGAAUCCUCAUCAAAUAUAAAUAUAUAUAUUCAUGUAGAUAUUGUGUUGAUGCAUACUUUGUAAAUGUGAAUGUUUGUAUCAAGAUUUUAACUAUUGCAAAUGGUAAAACGUUUUACGCUUGUCAUCUUAUUUUUUUUUCUAGAGCCCAAAAUGUUAUUAGUAAGGUAUUGGAAUAAAAAAAAAUGUCGCAGCAUUUUCAUAUAUGAUAAAGAAUAUAAGAGAGAGAAAGAGGGGGUUAGAGAGAGAGAAAAUGAGGGGGGGUAGAGAGAAAAAAUGGGUGUAUAUGUUUAUCUUCCAUUACAUAUUCUUUUUCUGUAUUAAUAAGAAAGUUAAUAAUCUAUCUCUAUGCAAAGUAGUAUAACAAUUAUGCAAUUUGCUGCAGUUACUCUCAACCAUUAAGUUAAAAGAAAAAAAUUAUGGUUGUUGGAGAAUUUGCAAGUAGAUAUUUGCAACUAAACUCCCAUGUAUUUUUUAGUUAUAAAAUCAAGGCAUUUGUUGAGAUGUGUAUCAAUAGAAUCCCAUAUUUUGUUAUAUGUAUUCAUUAGCAUCCUAUCAUGUUUCAAUUGAUUCAGGUAUUUCAUAUAAUUCCAUUAUUUUCUAACUCUUGUAUUAGCUAAGAGGACAGGCCCUCUGCCUUUUCAGAGAUUUACUCGUGUAAAACUAUCAGAACAAAGUUCCUCUUGAACUGUAUCAAUGUAGGCACCUCAAUGCUUAUGUAUAGAAUUAAUUACUGUUUAUUUAUUCUCAAUUCGAAUCCUGUGCAUUUAACAUUUGUUCUUUCUGAAAAAAGAACUGUAGAAUUUUUUUCUCUUGUUAUCAGCGGUGUUUAUCAAUGCUGUAUUGGAUUUUUAUGAUUUCUUGUUGUAGUGAUACAGAGGUGGAUUUUACGCUGUGUAAAGUAACAGUUAUUUAUGUGUGUGUGUAUUUGGACGACCUCUGAUGUGUAGGGUCGUUUUUUUUUUAAUGUUAUCGCUUUGCUUGUUUUGUAAUUUAUAUAUAUGCUGACUUCAGCACCACAGAGGCUGAACGGACAGUUUUGUAAGUAAGCAUCAUGAUCUAUUUUUAAACUAACUUUUUGUUAGAACAGUACAUUUCUUUAAAAGGUUGAAGAGGUGAAAUAGGGUGGAUUUUCAAUUAAAUAAGCACCUCUGCCAAAAUGUGCAACUGGCCAAUUUUUUCGGGAAAAAAAAUCAAAGUUGCCUUCAAACAAGCCAAAGAUCUCGAAGGCUAGAUAUUAAUGAUAUCUUUCAAUCAUGUAAAAAAAAUUGAGAAUAAGCCUGUGUAGAGUAUUUUACAGCAUGCCACUGCCAUUUAAAAAAAAAUAUUUAACCCAUAAUGCAUUUGGCAGUUGGCUAUAGUCACCAAUAUCAUAUUUGGUUGUUACGUUUAUACAGUAUUACAUCAAUUGUCAUAUCUUGUCGGGAUAUCAAUUCAAAACACUUGCUCAUUUUACGACAAACCAGGCGAAAGACAUUGGAAAAAUGUUCUUAUUCUUCAUAUAACCGGUCAACAAUGGUAUCAUCAUUUCUAACUUAUACUUAUUCUAAUAUAUUUAAAUCUUCACCUGGAAUCAGUUUGUGAUAAUUAAGCUGUAGUAUCUAAGUUUUAAAAAUCAUUUCUUCUGUCCUUGACAAUUGUGGAAACUGUAAUUUCAGUAAUGUUAUGGGAGAAAAAAAAUAAGAAAAAAAAGUAUUAAUGCUGCUUCACUGCAUUUAUGUAAGUAGGUAUAUAUUUUGUUUGACGAUACAUGCUAGCUUUUAAUCUUUGACUCUAUGGUAAUAUUAAGAGACCAAUUUGACCAGUAGUCUUAAUCUCAGGAUGUAACAAUUAUAUAUUAGCUUCAUAAUGUUUGUAUGUUCAACUAUCUUCAAAUAACCACUUUUUAUGAGGAAAACUUAGUAUGAAAUUUACAUUUUAUUACCAAUCAUAUGUGAAGAAUAUGUCUUUCUCCAAAACUAACCCAAUAUUGGUCAAAAUCUAUACCAUCUUAAAUCAUAUGAAUGAUAGACUUUCUUCUCAUGAAAUCAACAAUGUCUUUUUUUUCUCGGGACAGAUUUAUAAAGUUGUAUGUAUCAUUAAAAAUACAAUUUCCGCUUUAAAAAUGACCAAUAAUUUCUACUAACAUCGGCAUGUUAAUUAUGUUUAAGUAAUAUAUAUAUGUUAACGUAUAUAUAAAUGAAACUUGUGAGAAUUCUUUGAUAAAGUAGAGUCUGAAGCAGCAAUAUUGAGUCGGAAUAUAAAUUAUGAUAUUUUAAAUAAUUUCUAAAUUUCCAAUCAUAUUUUGUAUAAAACUCAACUCUUUUUUUUUCUUGCUGUAUUUUUUUGGAAUUCGUAAUAAAUUGAUCUAUUGUAGAUCACAUGGUAUGUAAA